AUGGACGGUCUGGUAACCAUCGCAAGGCAGAUCUCUGCCCUCACUUACAAGAACCUCGUGCUCGCCAAGAGGAACUACACCUCCACUUUCCUCAGGAUCUUCGCGUCCCUCUUCUUCAUCCUCCUUAUCUACCUGUGUAAUGAGGGGAUCAAGGCCCGUUUCUCUCAGGAGUCCUCGGUCAAGGAUGUCCCCGACCCUGUUCCUACCGAGAAGCAUGGGAUCCCUGACUGCAUCCCCAAGGUCGAGAAGGGCUGUGUGACUUUCAGUUACGCCCCUGCCCCGAACAACGAGUUGUCCGUAUACCAGCUUGAAGGAUGCCUGCCCUGCGUGCCAGUCAGCCAACUGCCUGACGGACAAUGUGAUAUCGAUUCGAACCCCGCGAGCGUGUUUGCGGUAUCGUUGACCAGGGGCACCAGGUACCGAGUUGUCAGACAUGCUGCGAGAUGUUCCGAGUGCACAAGGUCUGUUCAGCUGCAGAACGGAACGUCAGCGGACGUGGUAAGGGGAGAGUGGACGAGUCCAUACAUGGAGUACACGGUUCCCAUGCAGCUCGUCGCGCACAGAGAGAUCGCCAAGAAUGUGUUCUUGAAAGAUGAAAACUUCAAAGUACAGAUCGCAAUCCAAGAGUUUGCUCACCCCGCUUUCGUCGUGUCGACGUUCGAGGGUCAGAUCGCUCCUCUCUUUCUCCUGGCCUGCUCCAUGUUCCCCUUUGUCAUCCAGAUGAACGAGAUCGUGGCUGAGAAGGAGCUGAAGCUGCGGCAAGUGCUCUCCGCAAUGGGGCUGAAAGAUUUCUCCUACUGGAUGUCUUGGCACUUGUUCCAGUCCUUCAUGGCGCUCCUCUACUCCUUCCUCCUCGUCCUGUUCGGCAUGGCCUUCCAGUUUCGCCUGUUCCUCAAGAACGACUUUGGGAUUCUCCUCAUCACCUUCUGGAUGUUCGGCCAGUCCAUGAUCGGCCUGGCCUUCCUCCUCGGCUCUUUCCUCCGACGAGCUGCGCAGGCUGUCACUGUGGGGUUUGCUGUCUUCCUGAUAGCCUUCAUCUUCUACUUCGUCGUCGUCUUCGGCUUCCCUUACGGGCUCGGAGGGGACCGGGCGGCAGAGCCUCUGUUCUCCUUCUUCCCCCCCUCCCUCUUCGUCAAGAACCUGGCAGACCUCGGGGCACUAACGGCGACGGACAAGGACCUCGGGAUCCGCUUCAGCGAGGCCUACUCCUACUGCACCAUCAACCCCAACCAGUGUAACCCUUCUUACUCCGUCGGCACCUCCUGGAGCUGGUACAUCGGCCUUUACGUGCUGUACUCGCUCGUCGGCCUCUACCUCGAGAACGUUCUCCCUGACGCCAUGGGCGUGAAGAAAGCGCCCUGGUACUUCCUGACGCCUGCGUACUGGGGCUUCACAGAAGCACACAUCCAUGACGACCCCACGUUUGUGAUCGAGGAGAGCACUGACGAGGACGUGCUGGCGGAGGAAGCGAGCGUGAAGGCGAGGGCAAACGAAGAGAUGAAGGAGGAGGCGGCGAUCGAGAUCCGAGGGCUGAAGCAGACUUUCAAGCGAGGAGGGAAGCCGUUCCAUGCCGUCAAAGCCCCCUGGUUUGCGGUCGCCAAGAACCAGCUCUUCGCCCUGCUGGGGCCCAACGGAGCUGGGAAGACUACGACUAUCAACAUGCUCACAGGCUUCCUCCCCCCGACGGCUGGAAACGCCCUGGUGUUUGGAAACACAGUCGCCCAUCCCAGCGGCAUGAACCGAGUCAAGCGCGUCAUUGGUAUCUGCCCGCAGUUUGACAUCUUGUGGGAGAGGCUGACGGCUCGGGAGCACCUGAUCAUCUUCGCGAUCAUCAAGGGGAUCAAGCCGGACUCCGUGUACCACGAGGCCGACAAGCGGAUCGAGGAGGUUCGGCUCAACGACGCCGCCAAUCAGAUCGCCGGGUCGUUCUCAGGAGGGAUGAAGCGACGCCUGUCCGUCGCCGUCUCCCUCAUCGGCAAUCCCAGCGUCGUCUACCUGGACGAGCCGACGACCGGCAUGGACCCCAUCAACCGACGUCACGUCUGGGACGUGAUCGAGGCGGCCAAGCAGGACAGGUGCGUCGUCCUCACCACGCACAGCAUGGAGGAGGCGGACAUCCUCGGCGAUCGCAUCGGCAUCAUGGCCAAGGGUCGACUGAGGUGCAUCGGGAGCAGCGUGCGACUCAAGUCUCGCUUCGGAGGAGGGUACCGGAUCAGCGUCAGCUGCGGGGACAACAUGACAAAGUCCCUCCCGCACUGCAUUAAGAUCAAGGAGAUGUUCAGGAAGACGUUCAAGGUGGAGGUGGUGGAGGAGUCCAAGACUUAUAUGCACUUCAACGUCCCCAACACCGACGAUGCCACCUUGCAGAGCUUCUUCGAGCAGCUAGAGUCCAGCAGAGAGUCUCUCUGCAUCGUGGACGUGCAGCUGAGCAUGUCGACUCUAGAGGAUGUGUUCCUGAACAUCGCGAAGCAGAGCGAGAAGGAGGAGGCGCUGUCGAUGAACAGAACCGCCAACGUGACCCUCAAGACAGGGGAGGUAGUUGGAGUCCUGCUGGGCAAUGAGGACGAGCUGGUGUCGCCGGCCGGGGUCACCUUCAAGGUCAAGUGGGGGACGGACGAGGACGGGAACUUG